AUGGCGGCUGAAAAGGAGGAUUUGGGUUUGAGUCUAAGCUUGAGCUUCCCUCAUAACCCUCCAACUCCUCUUCAUCUCAAUCUCAUAUCUUCUUCCACUCAUUCCUCUUCUCCUUCAAGCCACAACCAUAACAAACCCUCUUGGAACGAGGCUUUCACUUCUUCAGGUGAAGCUGGAUCGUUCCUUCGCGGAAUCGAUGUGAACCGGUUACCUUCUGCGGUUGAUUGCGAAGAGGAAGCAGGUGUUUCAUCUCCAAACAGCACGGUUUCUAGCGUGAGCGAAAAGCGUAGCGAGAGGGAAGCCAAUGGGGAAGAAGAACACGACACAGAACGAGGUUGUUUCAGAGGCAUCAGUGACGAAGAAGAAGGCGAAACUUCUAGAAAGAAACUCAGACUCUCCAAAGACCAAUCAAUUAUUCUGGAAGAGAGCUUCAAAGAACACAACACUCUUAACCCGAAACAAAAGUUGGCACUGGCGAAAAAGUUGGGUCUUCGAGCAAGACAAGUGGAGGUGUGGUUUCAGAACAGAAGGGCAAGGACGAAGCUGAAACAAACGGAGGUGGACUGCGAGUUUUUGAAAAGGUGCUGCGAGAAUCUGACGGAGGAAAACAGAAGGUUGCAGAAGGAAGUGCAAGAGCUUAGAGCACUGAAACUUUCCCCUCAGUUCUACAUGCAAAUGAGCCCACCCACUACCCUCACCAUGUGCCCCUCUUGUGAGCGUGUCGCUGUUCCCUCUUCCUCUGUCGUCGAUGCUGCCACGCGUCACCAUCACGUGCCCCAAACCCACCCUCGGGCCUUUCCCAUUGGCCCAUGGGCCUCCUCUGCCGCUCCUAUUUCACACAGGCCCUUCGAUGCCCUCCGUCCCAGAUCUUGA